AAAUAUUAAAUAUCAAAAGAUUUAUUCAUAAUUUAAAUGGAUUUCUAUUUUAAAAGCUGUGAAAAAAACAUUGACUAGUCAAAUUUUAUUUAGAAUAAUUAUUUGAUUAAACAAUAAAAUGAUGAAGAUUCAUAUGAUUUAAUGAAGAAUUCUACUAGCGAAUAAGAUAACCUUAGUAUUCUAAACACAUAAUUGAUAAAUUUGAGUGAAUUUUAAAUGGAUGAUUAAAACUAAUAAAUAAAUAUAAACUAAAAAAUAUAAGGACAAACUAAAAAUUUUAGCAUUUUAAAACUUGACUCUAAUGAUUUAUUUGUGGGAUAAUAGGUUUCUUUUAAUUAGAAAUAAAAUAAUUUUGAAAAUGAAGAAAGUGAUGAUAGUUAAUAUAAUAUAAUUCCACAUAAUUAGCUAAUGAGUAGUAAAAAAAAGAAAGAGUAGGAUUAAUACAAUAUUAAUUAUAAAUAAAUUGUCUUUCGAAAAAAUAAAUAAAUAAAUUCAUUUGAUUAAUUAUUAUCAAGAUAGAAAAAUUUUUAUUUAUAUUUGGAUUAAGUAAUUGAUCUAGAAUUUUUUAAGAAUAUCAAUAACAAAGAUGAAUAUUUUCGCAACAAUUAGCAUAAUUAAUUAUAUAAUGGGCUUAGAUUUAUUAACAAAAUUGAGCAUAGGUUAGAUAACAAGUUUAUUGAGCUUAAUAUGCAGAAUCAAGAAUAAAAAGUAUAUCAAAUAGAUUAUUUUAUACAAUUUCUGAUGAGCAUCGGAAACGCAAGUGUUCUAAAUUAUGUUUCAUAGUUAUAAGCUUUUAAAUCUUCUAUUGAAAAGACAUAAAAGGAAAUACAAGAAUAGAUUUAAGAUCCAUUAUUUUAAUAGCAUCAAGAAAGUAGAAAAAAGGCAUCCUAAAAAGUUUUUAAAAGAUUAACUUCUAAAAUGGAUGGGAAAAAAUUGAUAUAAUACAUGAAACUUUCAAUAAAUUAUGAUAAACUGCUUAUAGAAAGUGAUGUUUGUGGUUAUUCGCCUUCGUUAUAUUCUAUUAUCUCCUAAGAUUCUUACACUUUUAAAAAUUAAAUCUUACAAAAUGGAUUUUUUGAUGUUUUUUAAUUAAAUAAAAGGAUUGAAAAUUGUAUGGAGGGGGCAAUUCGUUAUAUGAAUUCUCCUCCAACAUCUAGUAUCUAGACAGCUUAAAAUCAUUAUUAAGAGAUAGAUAUAAUCACUUGUGAUGGUUUUAAUUUUAAGACGGAGUUGAAGAUUCAAAGAUACAUAUUAGAUGAUGAAUAUGAUAAACUAAACAAUUUACAAUUCAAAUUUAAAGAUAUAUUAAAUGUAUACGAGUUUACUUUCAAAGAUGAGCUUGUUUUCAAUUAAUUUUAGCAAUUUCGAAAAUAAUAAACUGAAGGAAAACAUAAUCCUGAUUUGAUUGACUAAAUUUUUUAUUAUAAUGACUACUCUUAUAAAAAUACUUAAUUUUUUAAAGAAUACUACCAAAAUCAAGUUGAAGAUUUAGCUAAAAAAGGUUCUAAAUGGUUUAAAAGGUGUGGGUUCAUUGAUAUCCCUAAAAAAAAAUAUAAAAUAGAUGAGGAUUCUAAUACUAAAUUGAGUUUAUCAUAUAAAUCUACUGACUCACUCACUCAAUGA